AUGUAUCGUAGAGUUUGUUUUCAUGUUGCUGCGAUUCAUGAUAGGCUCAAUGUAGAGGGGGCUGAAAGCCCGAAAGCCCAGGAAGCAGGACAUGUAAAUAUCAUUGUGAACAUUCCAAGUCUCACUAGAAAGGAGUCCGGAGGCUGGGGUUCCGCAUUUCUUUUGCUAGCAAAUCAAGGCCUCGCAACACUAGCUUUCUUCGGCGUAGGGGUGAACUUGGUAUUGUUUUUCACUCGAGUUCUGGGUCAGGACAAUGCCUCUGCAGCUAACAACGUCAGCAAAUGGACUGGCACCGUCUAUCUAUGCUCCCUCGUGGGGGCAUUCCUCAGCGACUCCUACUGGGGACGUUAUCUCACUUGCGCCAUUUUCCAAGUCAUCUUUGUCGCCGGGCUGGUUCUUCUAUCCGUGUCGUCACAACUGCUCCUGCUCAAGCCUGCAGGCUGUGGGGACAGCAAAAAGAUAUGCGUCCCUACUAGCCCCUAUGCCUCGGCCCUUUUCUACCUGGCCAUCUACCUAGUGGCUCUCGGCUACGGGGGCCACCAGCCGACCCUAGCCACGCUCGGGUCGGACCAGUUUGACGAGUCUCAGCCGAGGCAGAAGAAGUCGAAGGCCGUCUUCUUCUCGUACUUCUACUUUGCCCUCAACCUCGGCUCCCUCUUCUCCAACACUGUCCUCGUCUACUACGAGAAUGUCGGCCGAUGGAACCUUGGUUUCUGGGCUGCCACCGCCUCGGCCGUCCUGGCCCUGGCGGCAUACCUGGCAGGCUCCCCUGGGUAUCGUUACAUGAAGCCGAGCGGAAACCCAGUCACGAGGGUCAUGCAGGUGUUUGUGGCGGCAGUCAAGAAGUGUAACGUGGUUAAGGGGGAUGGAGACGAGCUGUAUGAGGUGGAUGGCUUGAAGUCUGCCAUUAAAGGGAGUCGCAAGAUUUGCCAUACACGAGAGUUUGGGUGGCUUGACAAGGCAGCCACGAUAACUGGCAGCGACAGGGUGGUGUCCCCCGACCCUUGGCGGCUGUGCACAGUGACUCAAGUGGAGGAAGCUAAGUGCAUCCUGCGCAUGCUUCCCAUCUGGCUCUGCACUAUCCCCUACUCGGUGGUGUUCACCCAGAUGGCGUCCCUGUUUGUGGAGCAGGGGGACCUCAUGAACACCCGCCUCCCGGGCACCCACUUCCGCAUCCCUGCCGCCAGCAUGACAGCCUUCGACAUCCUCAGCGUCCUUGCCUUCACCGGCAUCUACCGCCGCUUCAUCUCCCGACUCCACCCCACCGAGCUCCAGCGCAUGGCCGCUGGCCUCGUCGUGGCCGCCCUGGCAGUGGCGGCAGCCGGCGCCUUGGAGGUUGUGCGCCUACGGGCAGCGACUCCGGUGAGCAUCCUGUGGCAGGUGCCUCAGUACGUGCUGGUGGGGGCCUCGGAAGUGCUCAUGUACGUGGGGCAGCUCGACUUCUUCAACGGGCAGGCACCGGAUGGGGUGAAGAGCCUCGGGAGCUCCCUCUGCAUGGCCUCGAUAAGCCUGGGGAAUUUCGCCAACAGCUUGCUGGUGAGCCUGGUGACGGUGGUGACGACACGGGGUGGGGGGCUUGGGUGGAUACCCCAAGACCUCAACAAGGGGCACCUGGACAGGUUCUACUUCCUGGUGGCUGGGUUGACGGCCGUUGACUUCUUGAUCUAUUUGGUGUGUGCGAGGUGGUACGGCAGUAAGGAGGCUGCGGCCGAGGAGGAAGGUGAUGGUGAUGGUGGUGGUGGUGGUGAUGGUGGCCAAGUGGAGGGGCAGUGA